UAUAUAUGAGUCGUCUAUUAUCAAAGGUGGCAAUCUGUGCAUAUGGACAAAAAAAUAUUAUUGAUAUGUCAAUACAGAUUGAUUUGAAUAUAAUCGUCUCCUUCAAAGAAUACGGUUCAAAACCUGCAUUAAAUAAAGGUUAAUACUUAACCUGUUAUUUAUCUAAGAUGUCGUUCCGAAGAGUUUUGUGACUGCCAAUGGAAUACAAAGUCAAUAAUUCGUUUUUCUGAUUUAACAAUAAUUGUACAAAAGUCACAUUGCCGGCUUUGAUAAUAGUCGACUCAUAUAAGUUUCCUUUUCCUGUUUAAAGAAACACAAUUUGCGUUUAAUGAUAUCGAUGUGUGUAUGUUUAGCUAUGAAGUAUCUUAUACUCUUUCUAAAUUAAUAAAGUUACCGCCACCGAUUUUGAGUAAUGAGUAGAGGUUUGGAGCAGGAAGAAUUUUGGAAGAAGAUAUCUGAAAUGAUUAAGGGAAAUAGUUAAGUCGCUUAUCGGAGCUAUACCGGAUAUAUCGGAAGAAUUUUAUUAAGACCCUCCGAUUUUAAUAUAGCACCAAUCGUGACGUUAAAGAGAGACCUUGACUUAUGCCUCAUUGAUAAAUGUGCAGCGCAUCUGUUACUUCAUAUUAUUAUAGUGCAAUAUUAGCGACAUUUGACCUACCCCUUUGAUAAAUGCACGAUAGACUAAUCUGGCGCAUGACGCUUAAAAUGGUACUUAUAAAAGAUAAGUCGACUUCUAGAAACAUCGCAGAUCUUAACGUGGCCUGUCUUGGUGCUAUAAAUAUGAAGUUCUUGUUGGUUAUACCGAUGUGCGUGCUGGCUGCCGGCGGUGGUCUCCUCGACGUGGAUGUCGAUAUUUUAUCCGCACCGGAUAAAAUCGAAGCGGAUAACCUAUAUAGCAGUGUCAUCACCGGUGACAUUGACAAAGCUGUGGUCCAAACUUUGGCGCUCAACCUACUAUCAAAAGGAGCCAUCAUCGAAGAUGUCAUUGCCAGGCUCAUUAGAGAUAAAAAGCGAAACAUCUUCGACUAUGCCUAUAAACUAUGGAACGGUGAAGGAAAGGAUGUCGUCAAACAACACUUCCCUAUGCAAUUCAGACUGAUCUUUGCCGAGAAUCAUGUCAAGAUCAUCAACAAGAGGGACAAUCUCGCCAUUAAACUCAGCACUGAGGUGGAUCACCAAAAUGACAGAUCUGCAUUUGGUGACGCGAACGAAAAAACCACUGACAACGUCGGCUGGAGGUUUGUCCACUUGUGGGAAAACAACAAGGUUUACUUCAAGAUCGUUAGCGUUGCCCGUAACCAAUUCUUGAAACUGGGUACUGAUGCUGACGAAGCUGGCGACCACAUCGCUUACGGUGCCGACGUGGCUAACACCUUCAGACACCAGUGGUACCUACAGCCUGCCAAGUACGAAGACGACCUUCUUUUCCUCAUUUACAACCGCGAAUUCAACCAGGUUCUGAAGCUCGGUCGAGUAGUCGACAACAUGGGUGACCGACGUUUGUAUGGACACAAUGGAGAUGUUUCCGGUUCUCCAGAACUCUUCGGAUUCUUCAUUACUCCUUUGUAAAAUUAAAUAAAAUAUUUGUAAAAUAAAAUAAAAGAGUAAUUGUUUGUAUCAAAAUAGUAAUCAGUUCAUAAAUAAUUGUAUACAAAAAUAAAAUAUAUAACCAAAA